GAACUAAUAGAGAGGGCGCCAUCAUCGUCUUCACCACCACCAUCAUAUCAAAUGGGUCCAUAAAGAGGCGGUAGAGACUGUUUAAUGUACAUUAAUGACGGGUGUCACCACUGAACGUGCUUCACAUUUCACUCAUGAAGCAACCUUGAGAAAACAAACCUCUGAUGACGGGUUAUUCACAUUUGCUUGUCAGUGUAAGAUAGAUGUGGCGGUAUAUGCGCGUUGAGAAUAAUGCCAGCAAAAGACCCGCUUAUCGAAACACUUAAAGUGUGUAUUCUGAAUUUGAAAUCGGAGGGCACUGUGACUGACUCCAACCCACACCUGGCAUCCUGCUGUGAGCUCCUGGAACUUAUACUGCGAAAGGGACUACAGCAACCUGUUCUCAGCUUGGCACAUAGAGAUUACUGGCAUUGUUUUGAACAGCUUCUACAGCAUGACACAUGUGGCAGGUUGAGUUCAGUCUCUUUGGCAGUGCAACAGACCACAGCCUGCAGCAAACUCAUUACCUCUCAAGGCCGAGGACGCUUCUUCAUACGGCUCAUGCUGAUGAGGAGAACCCUGGGAAAUGUAGUGAAGCACCUGCUGCACACAAACAGAGUAAUCGAGUGGUAUUGCCCUAACAUUUCUAUUCUUAGAAAUGAGGAGUUUGUAGAGCCGUUUCUUUCGCUGUCUAUGGUGUUAUCAGAAAUGAACUUUAAGAUCAGUAUUGAGAACUGCAGCUUCCUGGAUGAAAGCUGGCUGCUUCCGGUGUGUCAAAUCUAUGAAGCUGUUCCCUGUCGGGAGCUGGGAAUGGUGCUCAGGUACCUAGAUGGACGCGUGUUUGUGCUGGACCUGCUUCAGGGUAGUCAAGCUCAGGUGGAUAUGUUUGCCGAGCCUGGUGACGUCAUUGAUGAAAUCAAUGGGAUAUCACUGAGGAAUGCUAGCAAUGGGCAGGCAGGUGUGGUUCUGUCUAAGCUCAAGGCUCAGCCACUUUCAAUUCACUUUAUACGUUGGAGAGGAGAAGAUGGGUCCAUCUAUCAGCCGCUGGUCAAACACUUACGGCAACUCAAACAGGAAAAACCCUCGCUUCAGUUUGGCCCAAAACCAACCUCUCAGCAGGACAGAACUGCGGGGCAGAAGAGAGCGCAGACACAGUGUGUGAAAGACGGCAGGAUCCUGUAUGCUGUUCACCUCUUAGGAAAAGCAAACAUAGGAAUGUAUGGAGGUAAGGAGGUUCUGCAGCAUGCCAUUCCUGUGGUUUUGGAGAGCAGACAGGCAAGAAAGGUACAUCCUCAAUUAAUCAAGAAGUACUGCUGGAUGUAAAGGAGACUCAUCUUACCUGCAUAGAGAUGUCCAAUAAGCAGGAGCUGUUUCAACACCACUUCCCUGAGAUAUCAUGUGUUGGGAGGUUUGGAAGCCAACCUGAUUUAACCAUUUUUGCUUUUUGUGUAUUAGAUUCACCGCAGGCAGGCAAACCAGCAGGCUUCUGUUGUGUGGUCCUGCAGGCUGCCACAAGUAGUGAGUGUGAAGAGAUUGUUAACCGUAUAGCCGCUGGGUUCAAACAUACAGAAUGGUUUGUAUGAAAAACACAGAAUUUAAGUGGACUGGACAUCUUCUGUAGUUUGCAUCAUGUGUUUUUUUAACACUAUCUGUAUUGUCAUAUAUUCUAAUGUAUUAUUAUAACAAUAUAGUUUAUUGUUUGUAUUAGUAUAUAUUACAGAUAAAACCUUAUUGUAAUACGCUGUAUUUGUGCUAUGUUGUUUUGAUAGAAAUACAUGAAACACUGAGUCAGUCAGAUUUCAUGCCUUUAUUACUGUUAUAAAAACAAGAAAUUUAAAUUGCCAAUAAAUUAAAUGCACACACACGGGUCCAAAAAUAUUGAAAAUGUAAUUUAUGUAUUUAAACCUGGAAAUAAAAAUAAGAUUUUAAGACUUAAAAAAUACAACAAAGAAAUUAAAUGUGUCAUACAGUGAAUAAGACAUUUAACAUUCUCCACUCUUUCUAGUUCUCUAAUCAAAUAACGAAGUAAAUGUAUUUCAUUGAGCAUGUAAACUCCUAAAAAGAUGUUUUUGCUUCCAUAGAGGCAGAAGAUGUUCUUAAGAAUAUUUUAAGUAUAAAAAUAAAAAGGAGAGCACGGACAAACAUCCUUAAUUUGUUAUGCAGUAUUUGUUAUUAAGAAAUCAAUAUCACGUUUGGUGGCCUUUAUCUGCGACUGUGAAUUUAAAGCAUCGCGCUCUUAGUUUGGGGAGUUACCUCAGUUUGUUAUGUCUGACUUCACUCUCCUAUCACGAAGAAUGAAUCUUUCUUUUGACUUGAUUCUUUUCUACGAAUCAGUUGAGCCGGUUCACAUAACAGGUCUGAACCAUUCGCGUCCGCAUCGAAUUGAACAGUCCUAGUGGCGCUCGAAUCAAACUGUUCAAAAGAAUCGAUUCUCGCGCUACUAAAACGUCAUCACAAUGGCCCGGAAUUUCCUCCUCGCCAGAUCUGGCGCAUGCGCACAUCGAAAAAGAAUGCGGACUUCGCAGCUCUCUCAAUAUUAAACUGUUUGAUGGCCAUAAUUCGAUAAAUCAUGUCGAAAGCACCAUCUCAGCCCGGUUCUUCGGGUGCCGCUGCCAACCUGGGACCUUCAUCGUCCUCCUCCUGCUCCUCACCCUCGGCAGGUGGCACGACGUCCCCCGCUAACGUGCUGCACGCACAGCCCGAGAAACCCCAGCACUACACGUAUCUGAAGGAGUUUAGGACGGAGCAGUGUCCCCUAUUCGUGCAGCACAAGUGCACUCAGCACAGGCCCUUCACCUGCUUCCACUGGCACUUCUUGAACCAGAGACGGCGGAGGCCGAUUCGCAGACGUGAUGGAACUUUUAAUUACAGCCCUGAUGUGUACUGCGUUAAAUACGACGAGGGCACAGGGACUUGUCCCGAUGGAGAUGAGUGCCCGUUUUUGCAUCGAACAGCCGGAGACACAGAGAGGCGGUAUCACCUGCGGUACUAUAAGACUGGUUCCUGUAUUCACGAGACAGAUGGGAAGGGCCACUGCAGUAAGAACGGCCCUCACUGUGCCUUUGCUCACGGCUCCCAUGACCUCCGUAGCCCGGUCUAUGACAUCAGAGAGGUUCAGGUGUUAGAAGCCCAAGCUGCUACUGGAUUGGUUGAGGGAACAUCGGGAGAAGGGCAGUCAGGAGUUGUGGCCAGCACUGCACUCAUAGAAAAGAUCCUGAGUGAAGAUCCACGCUGGCAAGAUAACAGUUUUGUGCUCUCCCACUACAAGACUGAGCUUUGCAAAAAACCUCCUCGGCUGUGCCGUCAGGGCUAUGCAUGUCCCUAUUAUCACAACAGCAAAGACCGCAGACGGAGCCCUCAUAAGCACAAAUACAGAGCCCUGCCGUGUCCCUCAGUGAAGCACAGUGACGAGUGGGGGGACCCCAGUAAAUGUGAAAGUGGAGAAAGCUGCCCGUACUGCCACACGCGGACAGAACAGCAGUUCCACCCGGAGAUAUACAAAUCUACCAAAUGCAACGACAUUCAGCAGAGUGGACACUGUCCCAGAGGGCCGUUCUGCGCUUUUGCCCAUUUAGAAAAAGUAAGUGUCAGUGAUGAGCAGCUGUCUGCACAUUGCAGUUCACCUCCUCUUGCAACUUCCUGCCCCUCUACCUUAGAAGACUUCAGCCAGAGUGGCCCGAGUGCAACUACAGAAGAAGGGCUGCUGGGAAGGGUUCUGUUUGAGGAGUCCUCCAGUCUUGAUGCCUGUCUAGGAGGAGAGGGGGGUUAUGGGAAAGCCCCUGGGUUUGAGAGGGAAGACCAGGCCAAAUAUAGAAGUUUUUCAAUGGAACAUCGCAGCAGAGACAUGUCCUCCAUGCACAGCAAACAGGAUUUGUUGGUGUUUCUGCCUGUCGGCAGUCCUCUCAGUAUGUCCUCCAGUGUACCUUCCAGCCUGGCAGCCACUCCGCCCAGCCCUGCACCCCCCGGCCCCUCAUCAGGCAUGAACGCCAACGCUCUUCCUUUCUACCCUACAAGUGACACAGUGGAGUCUGUAGUGGAAUCUGCCCUGGAUGAUCUGGACCUGAAUGACUUUGGAGUCUCGGCUCUUGAGAAAAGUCUGGAGAGUUCAGCUCUACCCAGCAUGGGCCUGAUGCUGGGAGGCAGUCAGUUACAGAGUUCAGCACCUGUCAACAUCCCUGGCUCCCUAAGUAGCCCCUCCCCUUUUAGAUCACCUUCACCUUCUCCACCAAUCAGAGCUCACCAUUCUCCAUUCCUCUCAGCACAGUUGCCACAACCCAGCCAAUCAGAGAGUAGCUUUUUGGGGACCUCCCAUGGUUCUUUAGGUUUAAAUGGCAUGAACAGCAGUAUUUGGGAACAUUUUCCGACAGGCCAAAGCUCACCAGGUACCCCCCCUGCCCUGCUUUCCACGGGGAGCAUGUAUGCCGAGACGUCACGUCUCAAACAGGAAGUGGAGGAGGCACACAGGGUGCUGAAACAUUGGGACCACAGCUGGAGACAGAUGGCUCAGUCAUUGGCCGUCUUAAAAUCAGAUGCAGAGGAAGCUCGUCACUUGGCAGGGCAGCUGGGUAUGGAGGCGGACCGAGCGCAGCAGGCUGAAGUGGAGGCGCAGCAGCAAGGAGCUCUCCUGGAGGAGGCGCUAGAGAGCCUACGGCACUCAGAAAACCCACAUCUACAGCUUCACCAGCUACAGUUACUCCACAGACUUCCACUCAGCUCAAUCUGCAGCCUGCAGGCACAGAUCUGCUCCUGCUUACGCACUGUAGAACAGGCUGUGUUCAGGAAGCAGAGAUUAUAUUGUCUAUCUUGCAAUGAGAUGGGAUCAGUGACGUUGCCAUGCCAACAUGGCCUGCACUGCGAACAAUGUGCAGCCUCGACAGAAUGCCCGCUGUGCACCGAACACCAGUAGAGCAUGAAUAUCCCACGGUCAUAAACUCAGACGUAAUCCUAAUGCUAUAAUCCAGACACUAGAUAUAAACCCUGACCCCUCACACGUUCUCUAUUUAAAACUAGGGUUAAAUGUAUCACACAAAGCCCAAAUCUAAAAGAAAUGAAACCAGCUCAGCCUUAUCUUGGACUUAAUUGAGAAAUAUGAUCUUGUUUUAUGCAUAUUGACCAUAUCAAUAAGACAUGCCAUGGCAUAUCCUUUACACUAGCAUGCAAGCAGUCUUAAACCUCAGUGGGACCAUUUUCUUCCUCGAAAAAAAAGACAAUUACUAGAGAAACUAUGACAUACAUGAUCAGUUUGUGAUAUUUUCAUGUUUAUUGUGGGGACAAAACAUCACAUAUAUAUAUAAUAAUAUGCUUAUGUCUCAUUGUAAUCAUAAUUUCCCAUGUAUUUUAAAUGAGAACAAAACAAACAUAACCUGUAUUAGUAUUCUGACAUUGUCUAAGUUUUGUAAAGCACUGAUAAUUGAGUUAGUGCUUAUAUGAAACGCAUUUAGAGAGAAAUAUGUAAGUGAUGAUACCAAAUUCUGAUAUUCCCUGUAUGCUUUAUGUAGAAGCAUAACACAUACAACACAUAUAUAGUAAGACAAUCCUGUUAGUUUUUUGUUUUUAAACAUCUUUAAGUCAAAAUGUGGAAUGUCCUUCCAGAACAUUCUGAAAUGUUUACAGAAGAAAUGCAGUUUGUGUAUCUUCAGUGCAGCUGAAAUGACUUUUACUAGACGGGAAGAUUUCGUAAUUAAUACAGAUUAGCAUAGUAGGUAGCUAUAUAGGAAAUUUACAAUUACUUUUGUAGGAUUUUUUAAAGGAGAAAUUCCAGGAGACCGCUACACAGCAAAAUGCCGAAAACAAUGGUUUUGCAGCUUUUCAUUCUCAGGUUGUUGUUGUUUUUUUUUUUUUAUUAAAAAGAGUCAUGGUAAACUGGAGUGCAAAAGCAAGAAGGCAAACACUUUUAUGUAAUUCCUAGAAUUUGCAUAUUUUAUUUAAUGCAUUUAUUGAAUGAAUAAUUUGCCUGUUUACUAAACAAACAGCACGUUCCCCAACUGCAGCUUUCUGUUCAUGUAGAGGCAUUUUAUGUGAACACAUUUCUGACACCAGUGGAGAAUAGAAAUCAUGUGCACUGAUUACCAAACAUAAGAGCAGUCAUAAGCUACGGCUGUCAGAAGAGGGCUUGACUUUCGAUUUAUUUGGAUGAUUUUAGUUGAAUUCAGUUUGAAGGCACAGUUAUAUGGGAUGCUCAACAUACGACUUCCUUUGAAACAGAACUUCACUGUGAAUUCAGAAAUCACAUGCUCAGUUUUGUUCAUAUACAGUGUCUCAGUCUGAUUUUGUAAAAGACAAUAAAUGUAUAUUUUUGGAUGAAAA